AUGUGUGUGUGUGCCGACUGCCGGGCUGCCCCGAGCCGGCGGGGAGCCGGUCCACUCCUAGUGGCUGGCGGCCGGAGUGAGGGAGCGGACAUGGACUUCGACUCGUACCAGCACUAUUUCUACGAUUAUGACUGCGGGGAGGAUUUCUAUCGUUCCACGGCGCCCAGCGAGGACAUCUGGAAGAAAUUCGAGCUGGUGCCGUCGCCCCCCACGUCGCCGCCGUGGGGCUUGAGUCCUAAUGCUGGGGACCCAGCCCCUGGGAUUGGCUCCCUGGAUCCAUGGCCCGGAGGGGGAGCUGGGGACGAGGCGGAAUCUAGGGGCCACUCGAAAGGUUGGGGCAGGAACUAUGCCUCCAUCAUCCGCCGUGACUGCAUGUGGAGUGGUUUCUCGGCUCGGGAACGCCUGGAGAGAGCAGUGAGUGACCGGCUAGCCGCCGGCGCUCCCCGAGGGAACCCACCCAAGGCGGCUGCCACCCCAGACUGCGCUCCCAGCCUCGAAGUCAGCACUCCUGCGCCCACAACUCCUUGUCCGCUGGGCGAGACCAAAACCCAGGCCUGCUCGGGGUCCGAGAGCCCUAGCGACUCGGAAGGAGAAGAAAUUGAUGUGGUGACAGUGGAGAAGAGACAAGCCUUAAGUGUCCGGAAGCCAGUCACCAUCACGGUGCGAGCAGACCCCUUGGACCCCUGCAUGAAACACUUCCACAUCUCUAUCCAUCAGCAACAACACAACUAUGCUGCCCGUUUUCCUCCAGAGAGCUGCUCCAGAGAAGAGGGUCUGGAGAGAGAACCCCAAGAAGAGGCUCUGGAGAAAGAUGCUCCAGAGGAAAAGGGAGAGGAAGAGGAAAUUGUGAGCCCUCCGCCUGUCGAAAGCGAAGCUCCCCAGUCCUGCCACCCCAAACCUGUCAGUUCUGAUACCGAGGAUGUGACCAAGAGGAAGAACCACAACUUCCUGGAGCGCAAAAGGCGGAAUGACCUCCGUUCGAGGUUCUUGGCCCUGAGGGACCAGGUGCCCACCCUGGCCAGCUGUUCCAAGGCCCCCAAAGUAGUGAUCCUAAGCAAAGCUUUGGAAUACUUGCAGACUCUUGUGGGUGCAGAGAAGAGGAUGGCCACAGAGAAAAGGCAGCUUCGAUGCCAGCAACAGCAACUGCAGAAGAGAAUCGCGUACCUCAGUGGCUACUAA